CCAUUUUCCGUUUCCCCCAAUCAAUUGAUUCUCUGCUUUGUUUCUACGUAAAAAAAAUUGACCUGUUCAAUUAUCAUUCAGUCCGGCCCGUUCCGUUCCGUCCUGUUCUGUUCUGGAAGUACCAAACACUUCAAUAAAUUCCCCAGUACUUCCUUUUGCCAUCUGCAGCCCCACACCUCUCUCUGUUCUCUUCUGCCACAACUCUCUCUCUCUCUCUCUCUCUCUCUUCCCCGUGCGUGUGGGUGGGUGGGUGGGUGUCUGACACACUAUCUUGAAUUAAAUUGGUUGUAAAAUUGUCAGUUGAAUUGAAGCCAGUUGAAUUUGAUGAAUGAUGAUAAUAACCCUCACCUUCACUUUUCCGAUAGGUGGCUAGAAUCAUUUGCUGAAAAUUUGAAGUCUCAGUAAAGGUAUUCUGUUCCAUUUAGGAGAGCUUUCAACAUGUAUCAUGCCAAAAAAAUUUCAACUACAAGUUUAGUCCCACAUAAAGUUCAAGGUCCCGAACAACUUGCACCUGUUGGCAUGUUGGGAGGAUCUGCAACGAGGGAUGCCGCUCCAACUGUAGAAAGUGGCAAGCAGCGAUUGCGGUGGACCUCGGAUCUUCAUGAUCGUUUCGUGGAUGCUAUUGCUCAACUCGGUGGACCAGAUAGAGCAACACCUAAAGGUGUUCUUAGAGUGAUGGGUGUACCUGGACUUACCAUAUAUCAUGUGAAAAGCCAUUUACAGAAGUAUCGCCUUGCAAAGUACCUGCCCGAGUCUCCAGCUGAUGGUUCUAAAGAUCAGAAGAAAGGUUCUGGAGACAGCCUUAACGACAUGGAUUCUUCCCCGGGGGUGCAGAUAAACCAGGCACUGAAGAUGCAGAUGGAGGUGCAAAAGCGUCUUCAUGAGCAACUUGAGGUACAAAGGCAGUUACAAAUGAGAAUAGAGGCUCAGGGGAAAUACUUGCAGAAAAUAAUUGAGGAGCAGCAAAAACUAAGUGGUGCUCUUAAAGCCUCCGAAACCCUACCACUGGCCGAGGAUAAGCAGCUGGCAUCACACUCUCAGCCACCUCCUGAUGGCGACACGAGUUCCUCAUCCCUAAGGAAGAAGCAAAAAGUGGAGGCGGCGUCCUCUAGAGGAGACUGUAUUCUUCCGUCGGUGCCACGAAAAGAUGACCGGGAUCAUGAACUUGUUACUCACUGGAACGUGUAUAGUGGUGACACCAAGUUUGGGUUAAAUGUGAGAGGAGGAGAGUUCAAGGAACCGGAAGGUGGUGCGGGUUAAGCAGGGGGAGACAACGGGUUUAAGCCUCCAUCUGUGGUUCAAGUUCAAAUCCUGUGAUGGGCAUAUGCCAUAAAUACUAGUAAUCAAUUUGUAGUCAUGUAUAAAUGCAGUAUAUGCAGAUUACUCCUCCACUUGCAAUCAAGUCUAAGCAUUUCUAUCUA